AUGCCGAAGACGCCACAGAGCCUAUCACAAGCGUUAUUUACUUUGUACUCGUCCCUUGGGUUUCCACAGUGGCACGUGAGUUUCACCUUCCUACUUCUCUGGAUCGAGCCCGCCACUGUACUCGACAUCUACUACUACUACUUCAACGCCUCCUCUCACAAACAUCUCUUUGAAUUUGACCCGAUUAAAUUACCGAAGCUGCCACCGUUCUCCACCGGAGACCUCCCGUCAUUUCUUCAGCCAUCGAAGGCGUUACCGUCGGCUCUUGUAACCUUGAGAGAACACAUCAAAGCUCUCGAAUCGGAAUCGAAUCCUAAGAUCUUGGUGAACACUUUCUCCGAAUUGGAACAUGACGCGUUAACCUCCAUCGAGAAGCUAAGGAUGAUUCCGAUUGGACCUUUGGUUUCCUCCUCCUCCGUCGAUUCUUUAACCGGAAAAGCCGAUCUUUUCCGAUCGUCGGAGGAGGACUGCAUCAAAUGGCUAGAUUCGAAGCUAGAGAAGUCCAUUGUUUACAUAUCCUUAGGGACUCAUGCCGACGAUUUGCCAGAGAAACACAUGGAAGCGCUCACUAGCGGCGUGUUAGCCACAUGGAGACCGUUCUUGUGGGUGGUGAGGGAGAAAAAUCCAGAGGAGAAGAAGAAGAAUCGGUUUCUUGAUUUGAUCAGAGGAGACGAUAAGGGAUUGGUGGUUGGGUGGUGUUCUCAGACGGCGGUUUUGGCACAUCCAUCGGUGGGGUGUUUCGUGACUCAUUGCGGUUGGAACUCGACGUUGGAAAGCUUGGAGAAUGGAGUUCCGGUGGUGGCGUUUCUGCAGUUCGCAGACCAGUGCACAACGGCGAGAUUGGUGGAGGACAUGUGGUGGAUUGGAGUGAGGGUGAAGGAAGGGGAGGGAGGACACGUGGAGGGGGAUGAGGUGAGACGGUGUUUGGAGAAGGUGAUGAGCAAUGGAGACUAUGCGAAGGAGAUCAGGGGGAAUGCAGCGAGGUGGAAGAGGCUGGCUGUUGAUGCGGUGGCGGAAGGAGGAACGUCGGAUUUGAAUCUUAAGCGAUUUGUGGAAGAGUGA